AUGGCUACCAACGGCGAUUUUUCCGAUGAGGAGUCCCAGCCCGGCUCGCCGAUGAUCAACGCCAACGGCCAGGAAGAGAUUGAGGAGCAGGAGCCUCUCGAGCCCCAGGAGAAGAAGCCCAGCAAGUCGGCCAUGAAGAAGGGCGCCGUGCCCACUCACCAGCCGCAGCGACCAGAACUGCCCGAGCAGCCGAACCCAGACACUAUCGACCUGUCCACACUCAACCCCCUCACCCCCGAGAUUAUCGCGCGUCAGGCGACCAUCAACAUCGGUACUAUCGGUCACGUCGCUCACGGAAAGUCCACCGUUGUCAAGGCUAUCUCUGAGGUGCAGACCGUCCGUUUCAAGAACGAGUUGGAGCGCAAUAUCACCAUCAAGCUGGGUUAUGCCAACGCCAAGAUCUACAAGUGCGACAGCCCUGAGUGCCCUCGCCCGACAUGCUUCAAGAGUUUCAAGAGUGAGAAGGAGGUCGACCCGCCAUGUGAAAGAGAGGGAUGCACUGGUCGCUACAGGCUGUUGAGACAUGUUUCGUUCGUCGACUGCCCUGGACACGAUAUUCUGAUGAGUACCAUGUUGUCAGGUGCCGCCGUCAUGGACGCCGCCCUUCUGUUGAUUGCCGGAAACGAAACCUGCCCCCAGCCCCAGACCUCGGAGCACUUGGCUGCUAUUGAGAUCAUGAAGCUCAGCCAUAUCAUUAUCCUGCAGAACAAGGUUGACUUGAUGAGGGAAGAUGGAGCUUUGCAGCACUACCAAUCCAUCCUGAAGUUCAUUCGGGGUACUGUUGCCGACGGAUCUCCCAUUAUUCCCAUUUCCGCGCAGCUCAAAUACAACAUCGACGCUGUCAACGAGCAUCUUGUCUCGCACAUCCCCGUUCCCCUCCGUGACUUUACCGCCUCGCCUCACAUGAUGGUUAUUCGGUCGUUCGACGUUAACAAGCCCGGUGCGGAGAUUGACGAGCUCAAGGGUGGUGUUGCUGGUGGUUCGAUCUUGACCGGUGUGCUCAAGUUGGGUGACGAGAUUGAGAUCCGUCCCGGUCUGGUCACCAAGGACGAGCACGGCAAGAUCCAGUGCCGUCCCAUCUUCUCGCGUGUUGUGUCGCUCUUCGCCGAACACAACGACCUCAAGUUCGCCGUCCCUGGUGGUUUGAUCGGUGUUGGUACUCGUGUCGACCCUACGCUCUGCCGUGCGGACCGUCUCGUUGGUUUCGUUCUGGGUCACCGUGGCCGUCUGCCCGCCAUCUACACCGAACUGGAAGUCAACUACUUCUUGCUGCGUCGUCUGCUGGGUGUCAAGACCGCCGACGGCAAGCAGGCCAAGGUUGCCAAGCUGACAAAGAACGAGGUUCUCAUGGUUAACAUUGGAUCUACAGCCACCGGUGCCAAGGUUGUUGGUGUCAAGGCCGAUGCCGCCAAACUCAGCUUGACCAGCCCGGCAUGCACAGAGGUUGGAGAGAAGAUUGCCAUCAGUCGGAGAAUUGACAAGCACUGGCGUUUGAUUGGAUGGGCAAACAUUGUUGCUGGUAACACCCUCGAGCCCAUCUUGAGCUAA